AUUUUUUGAAAGAGUCAAUUUUUUGUAAGUGUUAGUGAUAAUUGAGGCUAUGACCAUUAACUUAAUUGAGGCUUAAGUGGUACUCCCACGGCUACCAAGCCGUAUAUUCAUUUGCAUAUAUUGUUACAUAUAAUUCCUUCGAAUUAGGAGCCAAUUCUUAAAGAAAGUGUAUAUUAUCUACAAGGUUAUUAUAGAAAGGAUAGGUAUAGUAUCUUGUUUGUUUAUGAUAUUGUAGGGUGCAGUAUGCAUAGAGCCGAGGCUCUAAACGAUCAAAGUAGAGCCUACCUUUAAAUAUUGUCGAGAAUUGUAUUUUCAAGAUUGAAAAUAUUUGUGAUAGCUUUAAAAUAUAUUUUUAUGUCUAAAUAUAAAAUUUAAAGUUUCAAAAAUAGUGUAGAUCUACUGUAGAUCAUGUAGAUAUGUAAAAAUCUUGAAAAUUGACGGUCCAAAAUUGCAUUACAAAAUGUACUAUUUCUAAAACUUGAAAUCUAUUUUUUUGUAAUGUUCAUGCAUCUUGAUGUCGAGAUGAUAUUUAGAAGUCAAAAUGACCUCUUCUAAUGAAAGUUUUGGAGUAGGCUUUAAUUCAAUUAUUUCGACUCUAUAUAAACUUUACCCUUUUUAAAAAGGUACCAUAUCCAUGCUAUUUGGCCUUUUUAAGGCUCAUGAAUUGGGAGUACAGUGAGACAACAAGGCAUAAAUGAUAACGAGGUUGGUACCAUCAACGAAUGAGACAACAUUUGAAAAGAUGAAUCAACGGUUGAGAUUGAGGCGAGAAAUCCAUGAUCAAGAAGCGCUACAUGUACCUGACUGAGGAGAUCCUGAAGGAGAACCCCACUGUCUGCGAGUACAUGGCUCCGUCGCUCGACGCACGGCAGGACAUGGUUGUGGUGGAGGUUCCGAAACUCGCAAAGGAGGCGGCGACCCGCGCCAUAAAGGAGUGGGGGCAGCCGAAGUCGAAAAUCACCCACCUGGUCUUCUGCACCACCAGUGGCGUUGACAUGCCUGGCGCCGACUACCAGCUCACCAAGCUCCUUGGCCUCCGCCCCUCUGUAAAGCGUGUCAUGAUGUACCAAAUGGGAUGCUAUGCUGGUGGCACUGUACUUCGUGUCGCCAAGGACCUCGCCGAGAACAACCGUGGGGCGCGAGUCCUCGCCGUUUGCUCUGAGAUCACUGCUGUCACGUUCCGAGGCCCAUCAGACACCCACCUCGACAGUCUUGUGGGACAGGCGCUGUUUGGUGAUGGGGCCGGCGCUCUCAUUGUCGGUUCCGAUCCUUUGCCUGUCGAGCGCCCCAUUUUCGAGCUCAUAUGGACGGGGCAAACAAUUUUGCCAGACAGUAAUGGCGCAAUCGAUGGGCACUUGAGGGAGGUAGGAUUGACAUUCCACCUUCUGAAGGACGUCCCCGGGAUCAUCUCGAAGAACAUAGACAAGGCCCUGGUCGAGGCAUUUGAGCCUCUGGGGAUCAGUGACUGGAACUCCCUGUUCUGGAUUGCGCACCCCGGGGGCCCUGCGAUCCUGGACCAGGUAGAGGCAAAGCUUGGGCUCAAGGAGGAGAAGCUGAGGGCCACCCGCCAUGUGCUGUCCGAAUUCGGAAACAUGUCAAGCGCCUGUGUGCUCUUCAUCCUCGACGAGAUGCGCCGCAAGUCAGCCCAGGACGGGUGCAAGACAACUGGGGAGGGCCUUGAGUGGGGUGUUCUCUUCGGCUUUGGCCCAGGGCUCACUGUUGAGACUGUUGCCCUCCGCGGCAUCGCCACUGCAUAAGCGCCACCGCAGAUCCCAAUUCACCACCACCACCACCACCAUCAUCAUCAUCAUGAACAUUAUCUGUCUCUCUUAGGAUCUUCUUAUACGCUUGCCGUUUGAAGCAGUGAAAGUUGUGCUAUUUCAGGGCUGGUGCAUUGUCAAGGUUUCUCUCGGGGUGGGAGCUCUCUAUGGGCCCAGAAUCUCUCUUUUGUUAUGAAUUUGUAUUUGAGGUUGUCUAAAUAAGAAUGUUAUUCUUGAACAAUGAGUGCUCUUUAGCAUUCAUAUAUUCAAAUGUCACUACUUUUAGGUGGUCGAGACUUUUUUCGUGGAA